GAAAAUGUCUGAUAUAAAAUGCAAGAAAUGUUCUGUUUCGCAAACUCUUCACAAUUCUGUUUUAACAAGGUACUGGAAAAGAGAAGACUAUGAACUGGAAAAUGUGUCUGAGGCGUUGGCCCUGCUUUGCGUAGGUCAUCAGUAUUCAUUAGAGAAGAUGUGCGAGGAUGUAAACAUGAUUCUCCGCAAUCAGAUCAAUCUAGAAUCAAGAACUCUAUGUGUCCAACCGAAAAGGCGCGUACUGCUUAGCUCUAAAAACAUCCAUGAAGGAAAAGUGCACAGUGGGCAAAGCGAUAGUGAUGAAACAGAACACAGUGGACCAGAUUCUCAAAAUAUCCCAUUGCUCAGUAUAAACUCUGUGAGUGAACAAAGUGAACCAAACUCCCACAGUGAUACUUCCAGCAAUGUUGAAACUAUUCUUCGUAUUUUAAAACAUAUUCAUAAGUUUUGUCCACAACAUAAACCAAAAAAGGUACCAGGAGAACAAGUUAUCAAGAAAGGACAGAAACAUCUUCGUUCAAAGCGAACCACGCCUACUUAUGAUCCUGAUUCAUUUACUCAGAUACAUCAUCAAUCUUCUCAUACUCAUCAUUUAUCAUCAAAAUAUAUAAAUAAAACGCCUAAUCAUAGUAGUUUAGUAACCUAUUCGCCCAACCACAUAACAUCUUCCCAUUGUCAUCUAAAAACCUCUCCCCACCAGAUCAAGUAUUCGCCAAACCAUCUUAAUUCCUUUCCUCCUAAUCUCAGUUCCUCGGCUUUUAGACAAAACUCUCUAUCCCGACAACUCAAUACUUCGCAAUUUCAUGUCGACUUCGCGCCUCUUGAUGACAAAGUUUCUCCCAUUCGACCAAAUAUAACCUACAACAAAGCAUUUCAGUUUAGUGAAAAUAUUGUGGACAUUGAUGAUAAUAGAAUAAACAACAGUUUUCAGAAGAGACCCAAAAGAGGUCAAAUUAUAAACACAGAUGUUGGGAUUAAUGAUUUGGAAAAACAAGACCUGGAGACUAAAAUAUUUAACCCUGAGUUAAAAAUACUAGAUAUCAAAUCAGAAACAUCCUUUAGUUCUCCGACCAGGAAGUACUCACACACAAAGGCCAUGUUAUUGAAGAGCUCUGAGAAAAAUAGAAACCGUGUCAACUUAUUACUCAAGAAAAAACUGACAAAAUCUCAGACAUUAAACAGACUUGGGACAGAGUGCUGUGAAAACCUUAGAAACUUCUGCUUGGACUUUAUAGAUAAAAACUUCAGAUCUGUGAGUAAAACUCAGCUGUUUACAACUCUAGACAAAGAAAUAAUAAAAACAAUUCUUGGAAGGAAUACACUUCAGGUGCGGAGUGAGAUUGAGGUGUUCAAGGGUCUGACCUACUGGAGUCAAAAUAAAGAAGAAACAGUCUUGGAUCAGGAUCUGAUGUAUCUUGUGAGAUAUCUAACCCUGACACCAGCAGAGUUUAAACAAACUAUCCUGGGAACCAGACUCCUCAGUACAAAGGACCAGGAAGCAAUUUUAUAUUGCCUUGAAUACCCUGACUCUGUUCUACCUGAAAACCUACAGCUGCGAAAAACAUGACUAGUGAAGCGCCGGGAGGGACAGGAACCGGUUUUAGCUGGUUCAAAGCAGCCACGUGGAGAGAAGUUGGAUUGGAUGGAGGAACUUGUCACAUGUCUUCUCUGUAUAUUUAUCUGAACUAAAUCAGUUUCAACAAAGUAUGCCGAGUUAAUGUUUACCUGCAAUCAGUUUUACGAAAAAAUGUAAACUGGGUUUUUAUUCCACAAAAGAGAGAGCUAGGUUAAGAAAAAGGGUUAUUAUUCAAUCUGAUUUCAUAUUAAUUUUUUUUUAAAUCUACUUUCUUAAACCCUUUAUAUUUUGUUUGAUUUUGAUCGUUUAUUAUAUGAAUAUGAUAAAGCAGAAUUCAUAGUACUACAUAAGGUUGCAAAAAAAACAAUUAUAGUUUGUAGAAAUUGUUACUUACUUUUCCAUUUGACUCUUUAAAGAGUUUAUAUUGACAAAAAUCUUACAUAUUUUGUAAUUUAUAAUUCUUCUUCUCAUGAUUAGAAACUUAAACAAUUUGUAUGCUUAAAAAGUUUUUAUUAAUUAUCAUAUAUAUAGAAGGAUCAUAUCAGAUAGUUUCUCUUCUAAUUGUACCAUUAUAGCUUAGACAUAUCUCCGUCAAAAAACUUAUUCAGAAA